GGGCUGUUUGGUGUUCCAGAACUGAGCUGUCCAGAAGGAUUUCAAGAAGCGCAGGACAGAGCAUUGCAGGAGUCGGAACAGCUGGUCCAGAAGGCAUGUUCAACCCCACCUGGGCCAGAGACAGUAAAGAUCUUUGAUCAGCUUUCAGAUACCUUGUGCAGAGUAGCAGACUUGGCUGAUUUUGUGAAAAUUGCCCAUCCUGACUUUGCAUUCAGAGAGGCUGCUGAAGAAGCUUGCAGGAACAUUGGUACUGUGGUAGAGAAAUUAAAUACAGAUGUUGAACUGUGUCAGAGUUUGAGACGACUGCUAGCUGAUGAAGUUGUUAUGAGUUCCCUAGAUCCAGAAACCAGGCGAGUGGCAGAACUUUUUAUGUUUGAUUUUGAGAUCAGUGGCAUUCAUUUGGAUGAAGAAAAGCGUAAAAAGGCAGUCAACCUCAACGUCAGAAUAUUGGAUUUAUGUAAUGAAUUUCUGACAGGAACUCACCUUCCCAACAAGAUUGACAAACAUGUCUUGCCAGAGCAUAUUCGGUACAAUUUUACAGCUGAGGGCAAUUACUUACAAGUUGCUGGUCUGCAUGCUGAUUGUCCCGAUGACCUGGUACGAGAAGCUGCUUACAAGAUUUUUCUUUACCCAAAUGCUGAGCAGUUGAGCCGUUUAGAAGAACUGCUGGCUAGCCGGAACAGUUUGGCACAGCUGGUUGGGUACGACACCUUUGCCCACAGGGCUCUUCAAGGAACAAUGGCCAGAAAUCCAGAGACAGUAACACAGUUUUUGGAGAAGCUUUCUGAUCAAUUGUCUAAAAGAACUCAAAAAGAUUUUGAAAUGAUGACAAAGGUGAAAUCGAAGCUCAACGCGCAGAAUUCAAAGCUGAUGCCAUGGGAUCACCCUUACUACAGUGGUGUCCUUCGUGCUGAGAGGUACAACAUUGAUCCUGGCUUGUACUGUCCAUUUUUCUCUCUUGGGGCGUGCAUGGAAGGUUUGAACUCUUUGUUCAGUCAGCUCCUGGGAAUCUCCCUUUAUGCUGAACAGACACAGAGAGGAGAGGUUUGGUCAGAAGAUGUUCGAAAGCUGGCUGUUGUUCAUGAAACUGAAGGCUGGCUAGGAUACAUCUAUUGUGACUUCUUUCAGCGACCUGAUAAACCACAUCAGGAUUGUCACUUUACAGUUCGAGGAGGCAGACUAAGGGAAAAUGGAGAGUACCAGCUGCCUGUGGUUGUUCUUAUGCUUAGCCUGCCCCAUUCAACAAGGUCUGCACCAACGCUACUAAGUCCUGGCAUGAUGGAGAAUCUCUUCCAUGAAAUGGGACAUGCCAUGCAUUCUAUGCUGGGAAGAACUCGGUACCAACAUGUCACUGGAACCAGAUGUCCUACUGAUUUUGCUGAAGUUCCCUCAAUUCUGAUGGAGUACUUUGCAAAUGACUAUCGAGUGGUUAACCAGUUUGCAAGGCAUUAUAAAACGGGACAGCCACUACCAAAAAACAUGGUGUCAAGAUUAUGUGAGUCCAAAAAGGUGUGUGCUGCAGCUGACAUGCAACUCCAGGUAUUUUAUGCUGCCUUGGACCAAAUCUACCAUGGGAAACAUCCUCUAAAAAAGUCAACCACAGAAAUUUUAAAGGAAACACAGGAAAAAGUUUAUGGAUUGCCAUAUGUACCUAAUACA